AUGCUUAUCGAUGGAGUUGAUGAUCAGAUGAUUGGUGCGCUACAAGACAUGGAGAUGGGUGAACAAGAUGACGCUCUGGUGCAGUUACAAGAGUCUAAUAUAAAUGACGAGAUAUUGGAUGAGGCUGUCGAUGACUUGCUGGGGGAGGAACUAAAGGAGAUGGAUGAGAGUAUGAGCUCUCGUAUUGAGCCUUCUUCUCUCACUGCUGUUAAAGUCAAGAUCAAGUCCUCUAAGGGGAGCUCACGACAAUUGGUUCCACGGGGAAUGCCAAUUAGGAAAGCGGAGUUUCUUCGUCGGGGAUCUCCACGGAGCUAUGGUGUCUCUUCAUCGGGAGAUAACGAAACUCGCAAAAUGAUUGACAUUGAGGCAGUCAUUGAUGGAAUAAAAGUCUUUAUGACGUUUGUUUAUGGGGAUCCUGUAUUAGAACGAAGAGAUCAAGUUUGGGAACGUCUUACGCGUUUCUCAACAACAAGAACUGGACCUUGGUUUAUGAUAGGUGAUUUCAAUGAGAUUACAGGUCAUAAUGAAAAAGAAGGUGGUAGACAGCGUACUGAUAGCUCUUUUUUACCUUUCAAGCAAAUGCUAAGUGACUGUGGGAUGCUCGAAUUUCCAUACACUGGAGAUAUGCUCUCAUGGGUUGGUAAGAGAGCAGGGAGAGUAACUGUUAGAUGUCGACUGGACAGAGCAGUGGGAAACGCCGACUGGCAUGAAAAGUUUCCUCAUUCGAAGACGAAGUAUAUGAGAUUAUGGGGCUCGGAUCAUCGUCCGAUACUUGCUGAUAUCCUAAAAAAACCAACCAGGAGAUCGAGGAAAUUUAAGUUUGACAAAAGAUGGUUGGACAAUGAGGAACUGAGACAAGUUAUUUUGGAGGGAUGGAAAUCACCUGAUCUUCCACCUAAUGCCUCUAUAAUGGAGCAUAUUUCCAGUUGUAGAAAAGCAUUGAGCGAGUGGAGGAGACAAAAUAAUAUAAACUCUGCAAAACUGGUGGAAGAGCUUAAGGAAAAAGUGGAAGGUCUAUAUGCAGAUGAUAACGCCACAACUGAGGAGAUUGCAGCAGCUCUGAAGGAGCUUUCUGAUGCUCUUAAGGCAGAAGAAAUGUUUUGGAAACAAAAGAGUCGAGUAUUUUGGCUAAGGGAAGGAGAUCGUAAUACGAAAUUUUUCCAUGCCUUAACGAAACAGAGGAGAGCAAGGAAUAAGAUCACUCAGCUUCUGGAUGGAAAUGGAAAUACUGUGGAAGAUGAAGAAGGAUUAGUAGCCAUUGCUACUAGUUAUUUUAGACAAAUCUUUGAGUCUUCUAAUCCACAGGAUAUUGAAGAAGCUCUAUCUGAAGUUCCUACGACAAUAACGGAGCCAAUGAACGAAAGUCUUACCGCACCGGUCACGGAAUGGGAGAUUAAAUUAGCACUCUUUGCUAUGCAUCCAGAAAAAGCUCCAGGUCCAGAUGGGAUGACUGCACUGUUUUACCAGAAGUUCUGGGAUAUAGUAAAGGAUGAUUUGACCCUUAUGGUUAAUAAGUUCCUUACUGAAGGGAUAAUGCCCAAUGGACUGAAUGAAACUAAUAUCUGUCUCAUCCCAAAGACAACAAAGCCUAAUGAGAUGACGCAGUUUAGGCCUAUUAGCUUGUGUAAUGUGAGCUACAAGAUUAUCUCUAAGGUCCUAUGCCAGAGACUUAAGAAAGUGCUCCCAGGAUUGAUAUCAGAAACCCAGUCAGCCUUUGUUGCUGGAAGACAGAUUUCUGAUAAUAUUAUGAUUGCUCAGGAGAUGUUCCAUGCUCUCAGAACCAAGCCAAGCGGGCGCAACAAAAAAAUGGCUAUUAAAACAGAUAUGAGUAAAGCCUAUGAUAGGAUGGAAUGGUCAUUUAUUGAAGCUGUGAUGAGGAAGAUGGGUUUCUCAGAAACAUGGAUUACAUGGAUAAUGAGAUGUAUCACGUCAAGGAUUAACGCAACCACAAGGCAAGAGAUCAAAGAUGUGCUUGGAAUACAGAAUGAUGGAGGGAUGGGGACUUAUUUGGGUAUCCCAGAAGAUAUUAGUGGCUCAAAAUGUAAGCUCUUUGCCUUCUUAAAAGACAAACUAAUGCAUAGAGUGAAUGGCUGGACAGGACGCUGGCUCUCGAAAGGAGGAAAGGAGGUAUUGAUUAAGUCCAUUUUGCUUGCUCUUCCGACGUAUGUUAUGUCUACUUUCAUACUCCCAUUGGAGAUAUGUGAAAACAUAGCUAGUGCUAUUGCCCAAUUCUGGUGGAGCUCGAAUCCCCCCAAGAGAGGAAUACACUGGUCGAAAUGGGAGAAAGUCUGCCUACCGAGAGAAGAAGGAGGGAUUGGAUUUCGCAUGAUUCAUGAGUUCAACCUGGCACUAUUGGCAAAACAAUUAUGGAGACUAACACAAAACCCGGAUUCCCUGGUCGCUCGUGUCUUAAGAGGAAGAUAUUACAGGCUAAGCUCGCCCUUACGAGUAAAUUCUGUAAGUAGUCCUUCAUAUGUUUGGACUAGUAUAUCUGCUGCGAGGGAGCUUUUGUUGAUGGAGAUAAGGCAGAAAAUACACUCUGGUUAUGAGGUUAAGGUAUGGGAGGACCCCUGGAUUCCAUUGAAUCCUGCUAGACCAGCUAUACCAAUAGCACCAGUUAUGAAUCCAAAUAUGCGAGUGAGUGAUCUUAUUGAUCAGGAGCUGAAGGUAUGGGAUGUUAAUCUAUUGGAACAAUAUGUCAGACCUGAUGACAUACCCCUUAUAAGGAGUGUAGCCAUAAGCACGACUCAUAGACCUGACACGUUUUGCUGGAACUUCACAAGACAUGGACAAUACACGGUCAAGUCUGGAUAUUGGGUUGCUCAAAAUCUAAUGAAGGAUACAGAUGAAAAGCAAAUGUUAGAGCCGAGUAUAACAAAGCUCCAAGCCUUUGCUUGGAAGAUAAAGGCGCCAAAGAAAAUUUGUCACUUCCUAUGGCAAUGUUUAACUGGUCAUGUGGCAGUAACGAGAAAUCUAGUAAGGAGAAAUAUGAGAUGUGACAAUUACUGUCCGAGGUGUGGUGAACCAGAGGAGUCAGUAACACAUGCUAUUUUCGAAUGUCCACCUGCUCUACAAGUUUGGCUACAUUCAUCGACUCCAACUAAUCCUGGCGUUUUUCCAGCAUCAAGUAUUUACACGAAUAUGAAUUACCUCUUCUGGGAGAAAGAUGGUUCACUUGAACCAGAGCUAGACAGGGAUCCUUAUCCCUGGCUAAUUUGGUACAUCUGGAAGGCUAGAAAUGACAAACUCUUUAGAGGAAUCGAUAGAGAUCCUCUGGAACUAGUUCGAUAUGCUGAGAGUGAGUGUCAAGCUUGGUUUAAUGCCAAUGAGAUGAUACCGCCAGUGUGGUGGAAAGACGCAACUCAUGGGAUCACACAACUUUCCCAGAAGAGAAUCGGCUCUGCACUCAGAAGUGGAAGCACUGCGGUGGGCGAUGGAGAAUAUGCUUCAACAUUCAACAUGCCAGAACUUCGGAACAGACUGCAAAGAAUUGAUCGCAAUGAUCAAGGAACCUCAGGCUUGGCCAAGUUUUGCUACGGAGUUGGAGAGGAUAGAGACACUGAUCAUAUGCUUCCCGGACUUCAAGAUUUCUUAUGUUCCAAGAGCGCGCAAUCGGAUUUCUGA